AUGUGGGAACCAGCUAAGGAGAGGAGCAGCACAUCCUCUCCCGCCGAAAGCUUGGAGGUAACUGACUGGGCCCAGUGGCUGACAGUCUCAGGCGGGCUGCCACAGGAGGGUGGAGAAUGGACUCACCCGGGCAUUAGCAGUCACUUUAUGGCAGGCAAGCCUGAGGACUUCGAAGGUUGCACCAGGGAUCAGUUGAAACAGAUAGCGGAAAAAUGUGACAUCAGGUUGAAGGCAUCUAAAGUGGCUGGGAUGAAGGAUGAGAUCCGAAGGCAGCCGAGAGCCAAGAGUGCAUGCGCUGAGGAUGAAUUCAGGUGCUUGAAUGGUUCUAUUUGCCUACCCAUGACGUGGCAAUGUGAUGGCAACCGUCACUGCGAUGAUAACUCCGACGAACUUUCUUGUG